CGGUUUCAUCCGGUCCAGCUUGACGGUGCAGUGAAGAUGGCGGCGUACAGUCGCUCUCCGCUGCUGCUGCUGCUCUUCUCCUCCGUGUUUUUCUGUGGCUUCGACUCUGUCCUCGGCCUGAAGGCUGCCAGCGGCCCGGCCGAGCCACCCAACCCGCCCGUCCUCCGGCCCGCCGAUCCCCCGGCCAAGGAUGCACCUGCCGCCGCUGCCGCCGGGGCCUCGCAGCCUCGAAGGGCGACCGGCUGGAAGCUGUCGGAGGAGGAGGCCUGCCGGGAAGACCUGACCCGCCUCUGUCCCAAGCACACCUGGACCAACAACCUGGCCGUGCUGGAGUGCCUGCAGGACCGCAGAGAGGAAAGUGAAAUCGCUCCCGACUGCAACCAUCUUCUCUGGAACUACAAACUGAACCUGACCACUGAUCCGAAGUUUGAAUCUGUGGCCACGGAGGUCUGCAAGAGCACCAUCGCCGAGAUUAAGGAGUGUAAUGAGGAGGAGAGGGGGCGGGGCUACCUGGUGUCCUGCCUGGUGGAUCACCGUGGCAACAUCAGCGAGUACCAGUGCAACCAGUACAUCACCAAGAUGACCAGCAUCAUCUUCAGUGACUUCCGGCUGAUCUGCGGCUUCAUGGACAAAUGCAGAGACGACAUCAACACGCUGCACUGCGGCAGCAUCAACGUCGGACACAAGGACGUCCACUCUCAGGGCGAAGUGAUCGCCUGUCUGGAGAAGGCGUUGGUCAGGGAGGCGGAGCAGCAGGAAGGAGUUCGUCCAAUCAGAGAGGAGUGUCAGAAAGCGAUCCUGAGGGUCGCCGAGCUGUCGUCGGACGACUUCCACCUCGACAGACAUCUUUACUUCUCCUGCAGAGACGAUCGCGAGAGAUUCUGUCAGAACACUCAGGCAGGAGAAGGAAAAGUCUACAAGUGUCUGUUCAACCACAAGUUUGAAGAGGCCAUGUCAGAAAAGUGCCGUGACGCUUUGACCACCCGACAGAAGCUGAUCUCUCAGGACUACAGAGUCAGUUACUCUCUGGCUAAAGCCUGUAAACUGGACCUGAGGAAGCAGCGCUGCAGCCUCGACACCAACCUGCCUCGAGCCCGCGAGGCCCGACUGUCCUACCUGCUGCUGUGUCUGGAGGCCGCCGUGCACCGCGGUCGUCCGGUCAGUGGUGAGUGUCAGGGGGAGAUGCUGGACUAUCGGCGGAUGCUGAUGGAGGAUUUCUCUCUCAGUCCGGAGAUCGUGCUUCACUGCCGGACAGAGAUCGAGGCUCACUGCUCUGGACUUCACCGCAAAGGACGAACGCUGCACUGCCUGAUGAGGAUCGGCCGCGGCGACCGAAGCACCGCCGUUGACAGCGUCUGCCAGAGCGCCCUGCAGACUCUGAUCCAGUCGGCCGACCCCGGAGCCGACUAUCGGAUCGAUCGAGCGCUCAACGAGGCCUGUGAGUCCGUCAUCCAGACCGCCUGCAAACACAUCCGCAACGGAGACCCAAUGAUCCUGUCGUGCCUCAUGGAGCAUCUGUACACUGAGAAGAUGGUGGAGGAUUGUGAACACCGACUGCUGGAGCUGCAGUAUUUCAUAUCCAGAGACUGGAAACUGGACCCGAUCCUCUUUAAGAAAUGUCAAGGCGACGCUGCUCGACUCUGCCACACUCACGGCUGGAAUGAAACCAGUGAGCUGAUGCCGCCGGGCGCCGUUUUCUCCUGCCUGUAUCGCCACGCCUACCGCACCGAGGAGCAGGGACGACGGGUGAAGCCAGACAAGCAGUUAUCUCGGGACUGUAAGGUGGAGGUCCAGAGGAUUCUCCACCAGAGGGCGCUGGACGUGAAGUUGGACCCGGAGCUGCAGAGACGCUGCAUGACCGACCUCGGAAAGUGGUGCAGCGAGAAGACCGAUGCUGGACAGGAGUUGGAGUGUCUGCAGGAUCAUCUGGAGGAUCUGGUGUCGGCCUGCAGGGACGUGGUGGGAAACCUGACAGAGCUGGAGUCAGAGGACAUCCAGAUUGACGCUCUGCUCAUCAGAGCCUGUGAACCCGUCAUCCAGGCCCACUGCCAUGAUGUAGCCGAUAACCAGAUUGAUACCGGUGAUCUGAUGGAGUGUUUGGUUCAGAAUAAACACCAGAAGGAGAUGAACGACAAGUGUGGAGUCGGUGUUACGCAUUUCCAGCUGAUUCAAAUGAAGGAUUUCAGGUUCUCCUACAAGUUCAAGAUGGCCUGCAAGGAGGAUGUUCUGCGUUUGUGUCCAAACAUCAAGAAAAAGGUCGACGUCGUCAUCUGUCUCAGCACCACGGUGAGGAACGAUACGCUGCAGGAGGCCCGAGAACAGCGAGUUUCUCUCAAGUGUCGCAAACAGCUGCGAGUGGAGGAGCUGGAGAUGUCGGAGGAUAUUCGACUUGAACCGGAGCUUUAUGAUCCCUGUAAGUCUGACAUCAGUCGUCUGUGUCCGAACGUGGCCUUUGGAAACGCUCAGAUGAUCGAGUGUCUGAAGGAGCAGAAGAAGCAGCUCAGUCAGCGUUGCCACCAGAGGAUCUUCAGACUGCAGGAAGUGGAGAUGAGCGACCCGGAGCUGGACUACCAGCUGAUGAGAGUCUGCAAGCAGAUGAUCAAGCGGUUCUGUACUGACGCAGACGCCAGAAACGUCCUUCAAUGUCUGAAGCAGAACAAGAACAGCGAACUGAUGGAUCCAAAGUGUAAACAGAUGAUCACCAAGAGACAAAUCACACAGAACACAGACUACAGAUUGAAUCCGGUGCUGAGGAAAGCUUGUCGAGCCGACAUCCCAAAGUUCUGUCAGUCUGUCCUGAACAAAGCGAGUGAGGACAGCGAGCUGGAGGGUCAAGUCAUCGCCUGCCUCAAGCUGAAAUACGCCGACCAGAGGUUAUCUCCAGACUGUGAGGACCAGAUCAGAGUGAUUCUGCAGGAGUCGGCACUCGACUACAGACUGGACCCUCAGCUGCAGAUGCACUGCUCAGAUGAGAUCUCCAGAUUGUGUGCUGAGGAGGCGGCGGCUCAGGAGCAGACCGGUCAGGUGGAGGAGUGUCUGAAAGUCAACCUGCUGAAAAUCAAACAGGAGAGCUGUAAAAAGGAAGUCCUGAACAUGCUGAAGGAGAGUAAGGCGGACAUCUUUGUGGACCCGGUCCUCCACACAGCCUGCGCUCUGGACAUCAAACACCACUGUGCCGCCAUCCCGCCUGGCAAAGGACGCCAGAUGUCGUGUCUGAUGGAGGCGUUACAGGACAAGAGAGUUCGUCUGCAGCCUGAGUGUAAGAAAAGACUUCAAGACCGAAUCGACAUGUGGAGCUACGCUGCGAAGGUGGCGCCGGCGGAGGGCUUCUCGGACCUGGCCGUCCAGGUGAUGACGUCGCCCUCCAAGAACUACAUCCUGUUCAUGAUCGCACUGAGCGUGUGCGUGCUCUUCCUGGUGGGGCUGCUGUGCGGUCGCAUCACCAAGCGAGUGACCAGAGAGCUGAAGGAUCGGUAGAAGAGCCGAGAGCUCUCUUCAGAAAGGACUGACUCCUUCCCCACCUUCCUCCUCCUCCUCCUCCUCCUCCUCCUCUUCCUCCUCCUGCAGAUCUGUAACCAGCCAGCCUGCACAGUGCCAACACAUCUGGAUCUCUCCUCUGUUCAACAGCAAAUCCUCUCCGUUUGAGCGUCUCUAAACUCACUGAGGUGCCGAUCGUCCCAUUUCCCCCCCAACAAAUCUGCUUUCGCUGAGGAUGUUUGAGGUCGGAUGUGAGGUCGUGUUUUCCGUUUCUAAAUAAGCGCUGUUCUUGAUGUGACUGAGGGCUGCUGCUUCUGAGGUUCGGAUUGCUUUCCACUCGUUCAGCCCUGAUGCUUUUUUUGUGAUAUUUGACUGAGACUGGAGCAUGUAGAGCAACGAAAAGUGACAGCAGCUGCCUGAAUCGCACACGGAAAUCUUGAGGCAAACUUUUCUUUGGUUGAACUCUGAGAUGUUCCUGUUGCUUUGAGACGUUUUCUCAUCCAUCGUGAAGCUCCAUUCUCUCCACAGGUACGACCAGUUCAGACCCACUUCGCUUGUUACUGACUGAAAAUGAAGGUCAGGCUGGUCUCCGUUAACAGGGAUGUUGUGUGUGCAUUUCUUUGUUGUUGUCGUCGUUUUUUUUUUUUUAAACAUUCAAAUGCUAAUUUCAUUGCACUUUUUUUUAAACUUUUCUGCCUUAUUUAUUGAUUAAUAACUGAUUCUGAUGAAGUUCUAAUUUGUUUUGAGCCUGCUUGUAUCAACCCGUCACCCCUCUGCGUUUACUGAACCACAACCUGCAACAUAACACACAACAACCUCAUGUUAGAACAGGUUUCAUGCAUAGGAAGUCCUUUUUUUGUUUAAAUGUCUGAUAAAUUAUCGAUCAAUAACAUGAUAGAAAACACUUUUAAACCUGAACUGAGCUGCUGAUCUGUUGAAAUGUUUCCCGUCAGGCCUCGUUUCGUUGCUGGUCUUCGGUGUUUACACUUCCUUUAAAAUGAUAUAUAUAUACGCUCAAAAUGACUUGCAUGCAGUGGCCUUUUUUGGUGGAAAACAACUAAUUAAACAAUUACACAUUUUCCACAGAGUUUAAUUCAACCAGACACACACCUGAUCUCCCUGCUUCUUUUAUUUCUGGUCAUCCUCUCAGAAAACUGUGUGGAGAACACACACAGGAAGCACGCACAAUCAUCUUUGUGGUUUAAAAUUCUUUUUCAAAAGGCAGAUUUUCAGAUCCAUGCUGUAAAAAAAUGAUCUACUUUGUGAUUCAAACCGUAGUUUUAAAACUCUGCUGUCAGGCACUGACCUUAUUUUGAAUUAUAGUGAUCAAUACCAGCAGCAGCUGAGAAUUCUCAUCACUUCAAAUUUACUCGACCAUGAAAAGCACAUUUCUUUUUGCUGCCAGCAGGUGGAGCUGUUGAUGCAUGAAAAACGUCAGACAUGAAUGAUAACGGUCUGAAAUUAGCACAUACAAGCCAGAAAACGUUUUACACAGGGCCGGUAAAACCAAUAAUAUUAAUAUUAAGUGACGAACACACUGAGAUACAGAGUACUAGUGAGUGUUACAGGUGUUAUUAGUUGAUUUUUGUAACUUUAAACAGAGCCAGAUCAGCAGUUUCUCCAACCUGCAGCUUUUAUGCUAUACUAAGUGAGUCACAGUGUGAUUUGUAUUUGAUUUGUUGGCAUCACAACCUCUGCAUUAAAUAAAAGUGGAGGUUUUCUUGCAAGGCAGUCGAUGAAACAACUAGAAACAGAUGCAAGAAUUACAACACAAACUAAGAGAUUUAAAGGGAUGACAGAACAGCCAAAGAUGCAAGUAGAGCUGCAAGGAUUCAUCACUUUGUCGUCAAGUGUUAAAUCUAAUGUCAUUUUCUGAUUCGAACUUGUAGAAAUUAAGUGUUUCUUUCUUCCUCUAUGAGAGAAAACUGAAAAUCUUUGGGUUGUUCACAAAUUAAAACAUUAAAGAGAAUUUAUUUUGCACUGAUUGAGACUUUUCACAGUUUUUCUGACAUUAUAAAGACCAAACAACAAAUUAAAAUAAUUAAAAUAAUAAAUGAAUUAAUCUACAAUGAAAAUCAACAUUACUUGCAGCCCAAGACCCAAGAUGACAGUGAUGCUAAAUAACUGUAGCUGUAAAAGUAGACGGAAAAUGACUAGAAGAUGUUAAACAACCAUAGACACAAAAUGCCAAAAAGGAGAUGCAAAACAUCAACAAAGAUAUGCAAAACUAUUACAAACGAAAACAAAAUGAAAUGGGGAUAAAGAAACACAAAACAGCUAGAAAUUAUCCGAAACUACAAAUACCUAAAAGGUGAAAGAGAAUUACAACUAAGACAUGUAUAAUAGCUACACAGUGAUGCAAAAUUGCUAAAAAGAAAUGCUAAACAACCAUAGAGAUGCAAAAUACGUGAAAGAAGAUGUAGAAGAACUACAGAGACAACAAAGCUACAAAGAAACGCUUGAAAUCCAAAAAGGAUGUGAAAAACAACUACAAACUGAUGCAAAAUAAGUAAAAACAAAAGCUAAACAACCAGAAACGUGACAUUUAAAAAAAAAAACACAUAAAAAGACCACAAAGAAACACAAAACAUCUGAAAGUGGAUGCAAAACAGACACAAACCCUCAAGAUAACUAAAAAGACAUGUAAAACAACUAGAAAGAGACACAUAACAGCUACAAAAUGAAGCAAAAUUUGUUAAAUCAACUGUCAAACAACUUCAGAGAUGCUAGAUAACUGAGAUGAAAUGUAAAGUGACUACUGAGAGACAGAAAACAGCCACAAAGUGAUGCAACAUUACUAAAACCUGACGUUAAACAAUCACAGAGACACUAAAUAACUAAAAGGAAAUGUAAAAAGUGGUGCAAAAGGACAAAGUCAUCUGGUGUUUCAUGCUGGAGGUGUUGCUGUGUUUACAUGUCUGCAUCCUGGAACCUGUUGCUUCACAACAAAGCCCAAAAAUAAAAGUUUGUCAUCUCGCAUCUGGACAGAACUCCUGCUACAACUAUCAUUUUUGGCAUUUCUGUUUUCAUACAAAUGAAACAAACAAGAUUUAACAUGUUAUUAAUUCAAAACCACGACCCUUUGCUCAGUAUUUCCACACAUUUAAACCAUAAACGUAUUAUUGCUUUGCAGAAAGAUGUAACUAAAACAAGAUGAACAAUUUAUAACAUUUUGUUUUUUUCCCCAAAUAACUAAUAUUUAAUCUUGCACUUUAAUUAACGGACAUCACAUCUGCAGAGCCUCAUUUAUUAAUUUCAAUAUUUCUCAACGGUAACCUGAAGUUAUUUUAACAAAUGUUUUGCUGCUGUGAGUGAUAAAAGAGCAAACAGGAGAAUAACGGGCAGCAGAUAUACGUUUUCUGCUCGACUUGAAAAACACUAACCACAUUCUAAGAGGAAAAAGGAAAACAUCCUGGAAAAGCAGUCGGAUAGAAACCAACAUCUCGCUGCUUUGAGCUUUUCUAAAUUAUCUUUUUGUUUCUGUCAGAUGUUGAAUGAAAGAUAUGGAAACAUCUAUCAUAACGAGUUUUGUACGCAAGUCUCUACGUGUAGAAACUUUAUCGGUGUGCAGUUUUGUUCUUUUUAGAAUAUGCCAUGUAAUAUGAAGAUGUAACAGAUUUAUCAUUGUGAAAUUUGAUUUUGCUGUACAGAUAAAAUUUGUCAAUUUAUUAAAAAUGUCUGCAGAUUUUCAUA